AAUAACAACAGCAAUCAUCAAUCAUCAUCUCAAGCAACCGCGAUUUUCUCUCUUUUUCUCUCCAUUUUUUCCCGGAUGCCAAACACUCCGCCACGAUGUCGGGCGCCUGGGAUGAACACACUGUUACCAACUCCGAUCGACAACCCGACUCCGAUAAUCAAUAUUCCCACUUCAAUUUCGAUUUCUUCUCCGCCAUUGUUAAACCCAAGGAUUACUACAAAAUUUUGGAGGUCGAAUACGAUGCUACCGACGAUGACAUUCGUUCCAAUUACAUACGACUUGCUUUGAAAUGGCAUCCUGAUAAGCAGAAAGAUAAAGACGGUGCCACUUCCAGAUUUCAGGACAUAAACGAGGCUUAUCAAGUUUUAAGCGAUCCUUCGAGAAGGCAGGAAUACGACGAGAAAGGGAUGCUUUAUGUAAAUGAUGAUAACAUAGUGGAUUACCUCAAGCGGUACAAAAGCCUUAUUUUGACAUGUAAUGGCCUUGGUAUGAAGUAUUCAAUUUGGUGAAAUUGAAGUUUCCCCACGACUGCAAAAGGGCCUUUCUUGGUACGUUUUGAAUCUUCCAAGAAUGAAACGGCUUUGUGAUCAUGCGACUUGUACCAAGAGUGAUUCUAGAAUGGUUAAAAUUAUUUGUGUCAUUUUCAAAAUCACUGUUUUUAAUCAUUCAAAAUCGAUUUUAUUAGUAUGGAAAACAUGUUUAAAAGUGUAAAACUAAACAUUGAGAUGAUUUCGAGUGAUUAACGGUAUGUUUCACAGUGAUUUUCAAUAUGAAAAAUAGUGAUUUUAACCAUUUCAUAAUCACUCGAAAACGUGUAGUUGUAUUACAUGUUUUUAAACAUUUCGUAUGUGACUUGUUGUAUAACAUGUAAUCAAGGGAUAGAGGCCUUUUGUUGCGAGGCUCUUUUCUGCUUCCCCAUCUUUUCUCCCUAUGUACAUAUAACAUUGACCUUUACCUUAGAGGGAGUGACAUAAGAGAAUACAUAUCCAUCCUUUUUUUUUUUUA